CCAAGAUGAAGGGCAUUCUUGCGCUGGUCUGCUUCCUGCCCUGUUUAACAUCUGGGACCCAGCUCUCCUUUCCGGGAGAAGGUGAGCCGCGGGAGGUCCCCUCGUUCUACUCUGUCUCCGACAGUGAGAUCAAGAGUGUCUCUGAGACGCUGUACUCUGCCGACGUGAACAAGGCCACCAGCCACGAGAUCAUCCUCAACCUGCAGCACAAGAUCUCCUCUGACCAGACCAGGGCAGGCCAAGACUACGCCAGCCAGAAGCUCUUCAGCUACGUGGACGAGGAUGCCCUCUUCUCCAAGCCCACCUUUGCCAGGCUCUUGGCUCUGCUGAAUAACUACGAACGCAUGACGGGCAAGGAGGAGGUGAUGACCACCUCCGAGAGCCAGGAGGUGGACGCUUUCCUGGAUGAAAUCUUCCAGACCCAGGUGAUGGAGAAGCUGACCCAGUUCUUUCUUUCUAAAGGUAUCUAUUUGUCGGAGAAUGACUUCAAGGCAGACCUGAAGAAGAUGUGGUUCGGGCUCUACUCGCGCUCCAAGGGAGCAGCCAUGGACUCCUCUGGCUUCGAACAUGUCUUCCACGGUGAAAUCAAGAGCGGGAAAAUCUCAGGUUUUCACAACUGGGUCCAUUACUACGAGCUGGAGAAGAACGGACAGAUCAAUUACCUGAGCUACAGCUACGAUGGACCUUGGACCGGCUACCCUGACAUCAUGGCCUUCCAGUUCCGCUGGACAGGUUAUCUGAAGAGCGUCGGCUCCUUCUUCAUCGGCUCCAGCCCCGAGUUUGAGCUGGCCGUGUACACGCUGUGCUACAAAACCAGGCCCAACAAGCUGUGCACGCUCAGCCUCGGCGGGAAAUCGGCUCAGAUUCAAACUUACUCCUGGACCAACUCGGAGUACGGCGCAGGCAAGCGGUACCUCGCCUCCUCGUACCCCAACUCCCCCUGACCCUCCCCCCCAGCACC